AAGAAGCUCGACUGUCAAGUUGACACCGUCAGUCCUGGGGAGAAGGUGAUUGCAGUGCCACAAUGUGCUCUCUCAGUGCAGCCAAUGCCAGGUUCUGCCUUGACUUUUUCAGAGAGCUGAACAAAAGAAAAAGAAAUGAAAACAUCUUCUUCUCCCCACUAAGUCUUUCAGCUGCCUUUGGAAUGGUUGUCCUUGGAGCCAGGGGCAGCACACUCGAGCAGAUUGAGAAGGUCUUUCAUUUCAGAGAAGUUUUGAGCAGUACGAGACAGGAAAACAGAUACCCUUCUGAGGAGUGUGAACAAGAUGAAGGAGUCCAUUCCCAGUUCCAGGCUCUGUUGGCUGAAGUCAGUGAACCUGGACCAGGCUGUUGUCUCACUAUUGCCAACAGGCUCUUUGGAGAAAUUACUUAUCCCUUCUUCCAGCAAUACUUGGAUUCCACAAAGAAAUUCUAUCGAGCAGAACUGGAACCAGUAAAUUUUAAAUACACUGAAGAAGAAGUCAGAGAAAAAAUUAACUUCUGGGUUGAAAAUGAGACAAAAGGUAAAAUCAAAGACCUAUUUGCUGCUGGUUUCAUUGAUCCUUCUACUGUACUUGUCCUGGUCAAUGCUAUAUAUUUUAAAGGAAAGUGGGCAGUAGAAUUUAAGAAAGAAGACACUAAAGAAAUGUAUUUCCACCUGAACAAGAAUGAAAGAAGGAAAGUGCAAAUGAUGUUUCAAGAAGGAUAUUUUAACAUGGCUAUCAUAGAGGAACUGAAAACAAAAGUCAUAGAGCUCCAAUACUACAAUAACGAACUGAGCAUGUUCAUUCUUCUUCCUGAGGAUGACUGUGAGGACUUUACUGGCCUAGAACAGCUUGAAUGUGCCCUCACCUAUGAAAAACUCACAGAAUGGACCAGCUUGGCUAUGAUGCAACCACUGAGAGUGAAGGUGUACCUGCCCCAGUUCAAGAUGGAGGAAAGUUAUGUUCUCAACAACACUCUCCAGGAGAUGGGAGUAAUGAAUGUUUUUGCCUGGGGAAAAGCUGAUUUGUCAGGAAUCUCUAAGAAAGAUGGCUUAGUUGUGUCUAAGGCCAUCCAGAAGACAAUCGUGGAAGUCAAUGAAGAGGGCACUGAAGCAGGUUGUUCCAUGGGGCUUCUUCCAAUACCUCUGUGUUGUCCAGUCACUUAUGAGUUCAAAGCUGACCAUCCAUUCCUCUUCUUCAUCAGACACAACCAAACCAACACCAUUCUCUUCUUUGGAAGAUAUUCCUCUCCUUAA